AUGACUAUAUUUGGCACAGUACUAGCUGCUGCAUUCCUUCUUUUCAUAUGGUUUCUAUUCGGCUGGCGUGAAACUCAUCACAAUUCUAUUGAAACAGAUUCAUUGGAAGCUCAAAGCGCCAUAAGUAUUUCAAAUUUCAAAUUAACAUUUGAAAAAGAAAAAAUUGAAACUGCGAAUAUGAAUUCUCAGAAUUUAAACCAGACAUCUGAUAUGGACAUCCAACCCACUGGAAAUUCAUGGAAGUCAAAUGAAAUUUCUUCAACUCAGGAUUCGGAUAUGAAUAGUCUCACGGCAAUUGGGACAAAUAAUUCAACAAUUCAAGAAUCACAAAGUACGCAGGAUUCAGCAACGAUCGGAAAGAAGGAUGAUUCAUUAGCGGGAAUAAAUAUGAGAAGUAAAUCAGUAUACUUCUCAGCUCAAGUUCCCAGCGAGUGCUAUUUGGAAAGCUCGCCUUCUCUAGAAUAUGCAAUUGGACCAAAAAGUUUGGAGAAUGCAUUGAUAGAUGAAGGAUUAGCAGAAAUACCUGUAGAAGAUGCUUCUUCUAGCACAGUCUGGGAAACCGGAAUUACUGUGUCGGAUAUGACUGCAGAAAUGCCAAGUGCGACGAGCGCUGUGUCAGUCACUGAGCUAGACAGUCAGCUGGAAGGAGACAAUCCAAUAACAGAAGAUAAAAUAGAAUCAGUGCAUGAUAAGGAACUAAUGUUACAAAGUGAAACUGAAACAAAUGCCACCUACAAAGCAGAUUUGAAGACCGAGUAUUCUAUAACAAAGCUUAGAUCUGGUAAUACCGUAUCAAUUCUCGACACUCAUAGUGAUCUAAAUAUGGAGAUUGAUUCCACGCCGGAUUAUAUGUUGAUGGAAAGGCAUCUCUCCAAUAAUUACCAUAAUUCGGAUUCUGAAAUGGCUACCACUAUCACGGAAGCAACACAGAAAAAGAAGUUUGACGAAAUCGCCACUGCUGAGGAAGUCAGCAGUUUAUCCGGCUCAUUCGUCACCGUUGAUUACGAACCGAUAGUAACUGAAUCGGAAGCUUAUUUACGCGCAAACUAA